AGUCAAACAUAUAUAUUUUAAUCUUCCAAUUUUGCCCUCAGUUUUCUCUCUAAACAAUCCCAAGUACUCAAAUGACAUUUUGUCCUGAAGACGGUUAGGAAGAAAGGAGUAAGAUUCACAAAAAAUCGUAACGUAAAAAUAGAUGAAAAAAGCAAGUGUUUUUUCUUUAUCUUAGUGAUGUAUGUAUAUAUAGUGAAAAGCCAAAGGGGAGUUUUGAGUGUUUGAGUUGCUAGCUACUUUGUUGUACAGCGUCAUUUGUUUAGUUCAAGAAAAGGGCUAAGGGGCUUUGCUUAUUCUUGGUGAUGCAACAGAGUGAGUGAACUCAUUAUUUGUUUGUCAUAGGUUGUUUAGGAUGGUGAAACUGGGCUGUUUCGGUGGUCAGUGCGGAGGUGGAGAGUUUUCUUCUAGCACUGGUAGAGGAAGAAGCCACAUGGGUAAUAUUAAGUAUGGUUUUAACCUAGUGAAGGGGAAGGCUGAUCAUCCGAUGGAAGAUUACCAUGUCGCGAAAUUUGUACAGAUAGAAGAACAUGAGCUUGGCUUAUUUGCUAUUUAUGAUGGUCAUUUGGGGCAUGAGGUUCCCUCUUAUCUCCAAAAACAUCUGCUUGCCAAGAUUCUGAAGGAGGAGGAGUUUUGGGUAGAUCCCCGGCAGGCAAUCACAAAAGGCUACGAAAAAAUUGACCAGGCUAUACUUGCAAAUAGCUCUAAUUUGGGUCGAGGUGGGUCCACUGCUGUCACUGCCAUACUGAUAAAUGGCCAAAGAUUGUGGGUAGCCAAUGUGGGAGAUUCACGAGCUGUUCUGUCUCGGGGUGGUCAAGCUAUUCAGAUGACAAUAGACCACGAGCCAAAUACAGAACGAAGCAGCAUUGAGGACCGAGGAGGUUUUGUCUCAAAUCUGCCAGGGGAUGUUGCAAGGGUGAACGGGCAGCUAGCUGUUUCUCGUGCUUUUGGAGAUAAGAGUCUUAAAUCACAUUUACGAUCAGAUCCCGACAUUCUUGAUAUGCUGAUUGAUGUAAAUUGUGAUGUCCUCAUCCUCGCAAGUGAUGGUCUCUGGAAGGUGAUGUCUAAUCAAGAGGCAGUUGAUAUAGCUAGAGGAUUUAAAGAUCCCCAGAAAGCAGCAAAGCAAUUAACAGUUGAAGCGUUGAACAGAAACAGCAAAGAUGACAUAUCUUGUGUCGUCGUCAGAUUUAGGUGAUAAACUUCUCAUACCAUAUUCUUAUAGCUCCAAAGAAAUAAAUGUGAUUAGCAUGCAGUAUAAAUGUGCAAUGGCGCAAGGGUAUCAAAUUUGUGACCGUUUUGAGUUAGCUUGUGAGAAGGCUGGUGGAAUUGAAUUACAGGAAAACCAUUAGACGUAAAGAAAAAUGUAUUCAUUAAUCAGGUAACAUAGUUCAUUUGAACAAUCGAAGUGGGCAUUUACAUCGUCUGAUAUGUUUGUCCAAGUUAAAAGUAGAUAGUGUUUCUAGCUGGUCAUGUGAAGUUCAAUAUUUUUUACUUCAGUAGAGAGGCAGGCCUUAUUUGGCCUCUGGUUUUGUACAUCUGGUGCUUGUGUCUAAGCAAGUGUAAGAGGUCUAAAUCUGCAUUUACAAGUGGAGUAUGUGUAAGUGGGAGCCCCUGUAAAUUUGCUUUGGCAUUUUCAUGUUUGUAAUUAACGUUGAAUGUUUAUGUGAUAUCGAUGAUAUUUGUUCAUUUA